AUGGAUUUUGAUUUAAAAGAAGUAUUUUCAAUUUUGGAUGAAAAUAAUGAGGGACAAAUUCAGUUACGUCGUUUUGUUGAUGUUGCUAAUAAUUAUUAUUCCGAUGCUGAACAACUUGCUAGAAUAACAAAAGCAUUAGAUCCAAAAAAAACUGGUUUUAUUAAUUUUAAUCAAUUUUGUCAUGGUAUUGCUCAAAUAAGUUCAUUACAAGGUGUUUCAUUAAAAGAUGUUGCAUCUGAUUUAACACGUCGUAGUCGAGAAAAUUCAUUAGUAGAAGAUUCUGAUCAACGUAGUUUGAAUCAAGACGGUAGUACAACAACUUUUAACGAGUACGACGUUGAAAGUGAAGAAGCAUCUCAUACUAACAAACUACAAUUAACAAACAACAAACUUAAUACUAAAAGUAAAAAUAUAAAUCAAAGUUUGAACAAUAGUCAAAAUAAUCAAUCGUUUUCACCAAUAUUGGAUUCAUCUGUUUUCGGUGACGAAGAAGAAUUCACUGGUAUAGCUGAGCCGAAUUCUAAUAAUUAUUCAACGGAUUUAAUACAUCCACGUGCUGGUACACCUCAACGUAUAGCUGAAGUAUUAAAACGAAAUAAUCCUUUAAAAUCAACAAUUCCAUCUGAAGAAAUUGAUCAACAAUUACAAGAAAGUGUUGAUGAAUUACAAAAAACUGUUGAAGAUUUAACUGUACAAAAACAGACAACAACUGAUCGUUUAACUAAAAUUCAAUAUGAAAAUACUGAUUUAAAAAAACGACUUUUAGCACUUGAAGAUCGUUUUCAAGAUCUUGAAGGACAACAAUCAAGUACAACACGAAGUGAACAACAAAAAUACGCUGAAUAUAUUAAUCAAAAAGAUCGAAGUUUUUUACAAGAAAAAGAAACUCUACAAACAAGAAUUAAUGCAAUUGAAACUGAACUUAAACAAACACAAACAACAAAUGGACAAAUGAAAAAAGACGUUAGACAAUUAAAAGAGAAACUUGAAGAUGUUGAUCAUCAAUUACAUGAUAGUCAACUUCGAUGUAAUGAUUUAGCUGAAGAUAAUGAAAAAUUAUUAGAACAAUUACGUCUUCAACGUCAACAACUUGAACAAGAAAAAUUACUAAAUAUACAACUUGCUGAACAAUUAUCAUCGGACUCAUCACGUAAAAACUUUUCUCAUACAUUAUAUAAUACAGAAAAUAUUAUAAAAACUACUGAAAUACGUAUUCAAGAUCUUGAUGCACAAGUUCGAGCAUUAAAACUCGAAAAUGAAAAACUUAAACAUGAAAAUGACGAAUUACGAGAACGUGCUGUUGCAAUUGGUAUUGAUGAAGGUCGACGAUUAAUGUCUAAUCAAAGUUCAUUAUCAUAUGCUGCUGAACUUGAAGUUCUAUCAAAAGAUGAGUUAAUGAGCAAAUUAAGAGAACAAUUAUUGGCUAGUGAUCGUCUUCGAGAAUAUAUUGAACGAAUGUUAACUGUAAUCAUCGAAAAUAGUCCUCAAUUACUUGAAAUUACAAUGAAUGCUGGUACACAUGGAGGUUCAUUAGGAAUGCCAUUAAAUUUAACAAUGAAUCAACAAACACAAUCAUUAAAAACAUCAUCAAAAGAAAUAGAAAAUAAAUCUAUUCCUUCUGAACCAUUAAAAGCUACUGAAUCAACUAAAAGUGAUUCAUUAUCUACAUCGACUACAACAAAACAAUCAAAUGACAAGUAUUGUCACCUGUAA